AUGCCGCAGCCACUGAGUACGAGAGAGGCCAACCUCUUUCGUACCGUCAUCCGCCACUAUGAGGACAAGCAGUACAAGCGCGGCCUCAAAGCCGCCGAACAGAUAUUGAAAAAGAACCCGAAGCAUGGCGACACCAUGUCCAUGAAAGCUCUUAUCCUGAAUGCUCAGGGCAAAACGGAAGAGGCCUUUGCCCUGGCUAAGGAGGCCUUGACCAUCGAUAUGAAGUCGUACAUCUGCUGGCAUGUCUACGGCAUUCUCUACCGCACUAACAAGAACUUUGACGAGGCCAUCAAGGCCUACAAGUUCGCCUUGAAGCUUGAGCCCGAAUCUCAUCAGAUUCAGCGUGACUUGGCGGUUCUGCAAAUCCAAAUGCGCGACUAUGCCGGCUACGUCCAGAGCAGGUUAAACAUGCUUAAGGCGAGGCCCCAGAUACGCCAGAACUGGACAGCUCUCGCCAUUGCCUAUCACCUUGAGGGUAACCUUGAAAAGGCCGAGCACAUCUUGACCACGUACGAGAAGUCUCUUACCACUCCACCGCCGAAGACCGACCUGGAGCACUCGGAAGCCCUUCUCUACAAGAACACCAUCAUUGCUGAGAGGGGCGAUAUUGAGCGCGCACUGCAGCAUCUGGAGACCGAUUGCAAGCAUUGCCUUGACCGCUUGGCUGUCAUGGAGCUUCGCGCCAGCUACCUAUCGAAACUUGCUCGGAAAGAUGAGGCUGCCAAGGCUUACCGUGCUUUGCUGGACAGGAAUCCUGAGCAUAUGGAUUAUUACAAAGGUCUCAUCAGCGCACUGGACAUUUCUGCCGACGACGAGGAGGCCCAGAAGGCUGUUUACGACGAGUAUGCAGCUAAAUAUCCUCGUUCUGACGCUGCCAAACGUCUUCCUCUAAAUUUCCUUUCCGGUGAACGUUUCCGCACAACGGCAAAGGCUUAUUUGACUCUUAUGUUUGACAAGGGUGUUCCGUCCACAUUUGCAAACCUCAAACAUCUUUACUCUGACUCCUUUAAGAAGGAAACUCUUGCUUCCCUUGCGGAAGAGUAUCUUAAUGAGUAUGUCAAUGCCCGGCCCUCGGAUAACCAAGCCGAUGGCGACGGUUCCAAGGGCAAGGGAGCAGCUCUCUACUACCUCGCUCAGCAUUACAAUUACUACAUGUCCCGUGAUCUUACACGAGCUCUUGAGUAUGUUGAAAAGGCGAUUGAGCUCGACCCCAAGAAUGUGGACUUCCACAUGACCAAAGCCAGGAUCUUUAAGCAUCAAGGUGAUCUUGCAAAGGCUGCAGAAACCAUGGACUAUGCGCGGUCCCUUGAUCCUAAGGAUCGAUACAUCAAUUCCAAGGCUGCCAAAUAUCAGCUGAGGAAUAAUGAGAACGAGAAAGCCCUUGCCACCAUGGGCUUGUUCACUCGGGCAGAAACAGCUGGUGGGCCCCUAGCCGACCUCACAGACAUGCAGUGUAUUUGGUUCCUCACUGAGGACGGUGAGGCAUGGCAACGGCGGGGCAACACUGCCCUUGCACUCAAACGCUACCACACCGUCUUCAGCAUCUUCGAUACUUGGCAGGAGGAUCAGUUUGAUUUCCACAGUUUUUCUCUCCGGAAAGGCCAGAUCCGCGCGUACGUUGAUAUGGUGCGGUGGGAAGAUCGACUGAGAGAGCACCCGUUCUACUUCCGGGCUGCUCUGGACGCUGUUAAUCUGUAUUUGUCCAUGUACGACAAACCACAGAGCGCAAAUGGCGCCAACGGAACAGAAGCAGCCAAUCCCAAUGGUGAAGACGCUGCCGAAAAGAAGAAGGCAGCCAAGAAGGCCAGGAAAGAGGCCCAGAAAGCUGAGCGUGAGGCUGCUGAGCGUGCUGCUAAGCAGGACCCAAAUAAGCCAGGUGCUCAGAAAGGCAAAGAGGAAGAUAUUAAGAAAAAGGACGAUGAUCCGAACGGGGAGAAGUUGGCUGCUACAAAAGAUCCGCUUGGUGAUGCCAUGAAGUUCCUGAACUAUAUCCUGCAGUUCAGUCCCAAGAACAUUGACGGCCAGAUUGCCGGCUUUGAGGUCUACAUCCGCAAAAAGAAGUACCUUCUUGCCUUGCGCUGCCUGAAGGCCGCGUCUGCCAUUGACAAGAACCACCCUAACGUUCUAGAACAGGCCGCAAAAUUGCGUAAGAUUGUGAGUAGUGCGUUGGGUUCGAUGGCGCCCAAGUUGAGGGAGGUCAUUCAAGCAGAGCUUGUUGGUGUGCCUGGCGCCUAG